CUGGUCUCUGGCUACCCAGCCUCGGUUCUCUGCGCCAGCUCUGCUCGCUUUGGGCAUCAUGUCGGUGCGGACGCUGCCGCUGCUCUUCCUGAACUUGGGCGGGGAGAUGCUUUACAUCCUGGACCAGCGGCUGCGGGCCCAGAACAUCCCGGGAGACAAGGCCCGCAGAGAUGAAUGGACAGAGGUGGACAGAAAACGAGUUCUUCAUGACAUCAUCUUAACCAUGUUCAAUAAAAACUUUAUAGAGGAAUUGUUCAAACCCCAAGAGCUCUACACCAAGAAGGCUCUGAGGACUAUCUAUGACCGCCUGGCUCAUGCCUCCAUUAUGAGACUGAACCAGGCCAGCAUGGAUAAGCUCUAUGACCUGAUGACUAUGGCUUUGAAAUAUCAAGUGUUGCUGUGUCCCCGUCCCAAGGAUGUGUUGCUGGUCACUUUCAAUCAUUUAGAUGCCAUCAAGGGAUUCAUCCAAGACAACCCAGCCCUCCUGAAUCUAGUGGAUGAGACUUUCCGGCGGCUUAUUGAAGUAUAUGGGGGUCUCUCUGCGGGGCAGUUCCAGCUGAUCCGGCAGACGCUCCUCGCCUUCUUCCAGGACCUGCACAUCCGGGUGUCCAUAUUUCUAAAGGACAAAGUUCAGAAUUCUAAUGGUCGCUUUGUGUUGCCAGUGUCUGGGCCUGUUCCCUGGGGAACUGAAGUUCCUGGACUCAUCAGAAUGUUCAACAACAAAGGCGACGAAGUGAGGAGGGAGGAAUUCCAGCACGGUGGAAACUUCGUCACCGCACCAAAGGAAGGUUCUUUUGAAGUUUAUGGAGACCGAGUCCUGAAACUGGGAACUAACAUGUACAGUGUGAACCGGCCUGUGGAAACCCAUACAUCUGGAACAUCAAAGAACUUAACUUCACAGACACAGCAAAGCAUUGCUCCAAACCCUCUUGCUAAAGAAGAGCUGAAUUUCUUGGCGAAGCUGAUGGGAGGAAUGGAAAUUAAGAAACUCAGUGGCCCUGAGCCAGGAUUCCGGUUGAAUCUCUUUACCACUGAUGAAGAGGAGGAACAAGCAGCGCUAACCAGGCCAGACGAGUUAUCCCACGAAGUUGUCAACAUACAAGCUAUUCAGGACCAGCAAAGGAACCAAGAGCUGGCUCGGAUCAUGGAGGAGUUUGAAGUCACGGACCAGCCAAGGUGGAGCGCCAGCAAGGGGGAUGGUUUGCUGGCCAUGAUGGACGAGUUAUAGCUGUGCUGACCAGGCACACCCCUCCCACUACGGGAGAGGCUGCCUGAUGAGGACCCCGGAGAAUGCAAAAGGAUGCUGCUAAUUUUCUACUGAAUGAAGCCAUUACCUCUUGUUCCUGUUUAUGUUGGAAUGAACUGCGCAAGUCUCUCUCGGAGCCCACUCUCUGGAAGGCGCGCGCACACACACACACAUGCACUCAGUAGAACAUACUCGAGCUUUUCAAUUGGACCUUUCCCAUUUUCCUUCUGGUUUUACAACCAUCAAAAGCAUCCUGGGCCAUAGGUUCAAGCCUCGAAGUUGGGAAGGGACGCUUCUGUUGCCGCUUUAAUGACAGCUUUCCUGUGGGGACCACAGCUCACAGAUGCCUGCGAAUCGUCACCAAACUCCAGGGCUUUCUGGGGUGGACUAUGGCUUGUGAGUUUGAAACAAGUGGCAAAGGCAGUUGACAGCCCUCCUCUCCCUGGCACACUGGGAACUGUCCCCGCAGAGGCAGAGGCUGUGUGCUGGAUGCUCAGCUGGGUCCUACGCAGCGUGUGGGCGUCUGGAGUCGGCACGUCUCUCCAUCCACAUGUGGUGUGGGCUUCUCCCACGUCGACAUGCGUACCCAGGAAACAGUCUGCUUUUCAACAUGAUAUACACUCUUCACCCCCAGAGCCUUCCUCAGCUCCUAGUGUUCCUUCCUUCCAAAGACGCCCAGCACGUGCGCCAGAGCAUCAGUCUCUGCUUCUCCACCAGUGGGCAGAGCCUUGCGUCGGAUACCUGGGAGGUGCGUGCGAUGAGUCAUUUUCUCUUCCAUGUACCAGAUGAACUACUUCCUUGGCCAUGAUGUCAAGUCUAAUGGGAUCCAUGUAAAAUAUCAGACCGAGGCUGCCUUAAUGGUUUCAGGAAGGCCUGGCACCGAGUAACUGGCCGGCUCAGGGCCAACCGAUGCCCAGAGGUCACGGUCCGUUCAGCCCCAUGGAAGGAAUAUCCAGAAUGGUAGCGGGGAGGAGAGAAACUGAACUGAGUUGGUCAUUGCCUGACAUUGGACCAACCCCAGGGAACACUUGGACCCCUCGCACCCUGGCGAGAAUGGAGGCAAACACGGUUCUGGACUGUGAGGCCAGGGAAGCCGUCCCUUAGCGUGCCAAGGCAUAGUGCUUGGUUACAGAAAGGUAAAUCACCAAAUAAAGUUAACUUGCUUCCUUGCCAUGAAAGUCACACUUCCUUGCCUACAAAGAUGCCCCAAAAGUUCCGCUGGGGAGGAGAGUCAUAUCUUGCUGUAAAACGCCUGUUAGAGGCUUGCAAAGUGCCUUCUGUUUGAGUCUCUUUCAAGCAAUCUGGCCACCACUUGGGAGGGCCCGA